AGUCGGCGGGUUAACGCCGAAAUUCUUCACCUCAACUGAAAUCUCGCGCCACCAAUUCUCCCAAUGUUUCGUUAUUUUAGCGCCAAUUUUUUAGCACCCCCAAAUUGCAAUUUCUCUGCGAUGACAAUUUCCAUUUAAUUUGGCACCGAGCCUUGUGAAUUCGACACUCUCUAAGUUAAAAAGUAUAAUAGUCAAAUGGGCUCCUUGCUUCUCCGCCGGAGGAUUUCUCGGUCAUUGCUUCCCGAUAAUACUGAUUUCUAUUGCUCUACGUGGGAGCCGAAGUUUAGAACUUCAUGUGGCAUCUAUGAAUGCUUAAGGAAGCUCAGCAGCUCUACACCGCGCGUUAAAUUUGAUUUUACAGACCUCACGCGCCCUCAUACAUGGUACCCUGUUGCUCGACGAAAAAAACGGAAUGUAAUAUUGCAUGUUGGUCCAACAAAUAGUGGCAAAACAUACCAUGCUCUGAAGCGGUUGGAGUUGAGUCCUUCAGGUAUCUAUUGUGGGCCAUUGAGACUUUUGGCGUGGGAGGUUGCUCAGCGUCUGAACAAGGCCAAUGUUCCUUGUGAGCUCAUUACUGGGCAAGAGAGAGAGGAGAUUGAUGGAGCAAAACAUAAAGCUGUUACUGUAGAAAUGUCAGAUGUCAAUUCUGAUUAUAGCUGUGCGGUUGUAGAUGAAAUUCAGAUGUUGGGAUGCAAAACAAGGGGCUUUUCAUUUACCAGGGCUUUACUAGGAAUAUGUGCUGAUGAACUACACUUGUGUGGGGAUCCAGCAGCUGUUCCUUUAAUUAAAGAGAUGCUUAAAGUGACCGAUGAUGUUGUCGAGGUUAAAUAUUAUGAUAGACUUUCACCUCUUGUCCCCUUGGAUGUUCCGCUGGGAUCUUUUUCCAAGAUACGGACAGGUGACUGCAUUGUCACAUUCUCACGUUAUGAGAUAUACAAAAUGAAGAGACUAAUCGAAGAUCAAAGGCAGCAUAUGUGCUCCGUUGUUUAUGGUUCAUUGCCUCCAGCCACUCGAAGCAGACAGGCAACAAUGUUCAACGAUGAAAACAAUGGUUUUGAUGUUCUUGUGGCGAGUGAUGCCAUUGGAAUGGGUCUCAAUCUUAACAUAUCCAGAAUAAUUUUUUCAACAUUGAAAAAAUUUGAUGGUAUAGAAAUGCGGGACCUUACUGUUUCUGAGAUUAAACAGAUUGCAGGAAGAGCUGGAAGAUACAAAUCUAAAUUUCCUAUUGGUGAAGUGACUUGUCUAAAGGCUGAUGAUCUACCUUUACUUCAUUCAUCACUAAGUUCCCCUUCUCCUACUCUGGAGCAAGCUGGACUCUUCCCUAGCUUCGAUCUAAUAGUUAUGUUUUCACGUUUACAUCCAACUUAUGGUCUAAAGCAGAUAUUGGAGCAUUUUGUUGAGCACGCCAAGUUGUCAGAUAACUAUUUUAUCACUAAUUGCGAGGAGAUGUUGAAAGUAGCAGCCGUAAUAGAUGAGCUACCUCUUACUUUGAGUGAUAAGUAUCUAUUUGUUAUGAGUCCCGUUGACAUGGAGGAUGACAUCUCGUCUCAGGGACUCACUCAGUUUGCAACAAGUUAUUCUACAAAUCAUACUGUGCGGCUCAAGGAAAUAUUUACCCCCGGAACACUCAAGAUACCCAAGUCGCACAAGCAACUAAAGGAACUCGAAUCAAUUCAUAAGGUUCUGGAUCUGUACGUUUGGCUGAGUUUUCAUAUGGAUGAGUGUUUUCCCGACCGGGAGCUGGCAUCGUCGCAAAAGGCCAUUUGCAGCAUGUUGAUCGAGGAGUUCUUGGGAAGGAGUGAAUGGGAGAAGAAGCCAAUCCCUAGAAAAUUACCUCGCCCCACUCGCUUGAAAUCUUUGCAUUGAUCAUUUCGUUGUAAUCACAAAACCUUAUUUUUUUAGGGAUAGCAAUUUAAUGAAAAACCUUGUUGACAUA